AUGGAAUUUUUCGAGGAUCCACGCCUCCGCCAGCGGUGGAAUCAGAUCUCGCACACGACUGAAGCGGUCACCGAGAAUGCGGCAGCCGGCAUCUGGACUUUUGGGCAUACAUACAUCAACCCUUGCUUGGCAUCACUGUCAUCGGCUGUCGAGUGCUGCACUGCACCCUGCCUAGGCGACCGGGAAGAACGAGCACGAAGGGCGCGGGAUCGCGACAGGGCGCGGGGGAGGGCAGAAUACAGCUUUGAUUUCUACGACGACUGGGACGACGAGCUCGCCGGCGACGACCCUGGGGGCAUCUUGGGAGGAUGGCACAACGAGGAUUGGGAUCGCUUGCUGGCUGGUCGUGGACGAAGUAAAAGAGGAGGUGCCGGUGAAAUAAAUGAACAACCACUGGGUGGGAGACGGGGCAUGAAUUACGGGACCAGCAGUGUGCGGCGGAAGUCUAGUAUUGCGGAAGAUCCGACCAUCAUCCCGAGCACGGCACCCAUUGGCUUUUUGGGUAGAUUCCCCUUCAAAUUUGGAGGCACUUUGAGAUACAAGCCUAGUGCGGCGAAUCUUCAAGAGCAUCCCGGCGCCCCGAGACACGUACGAGAUGGUGAACAUGAACCACUACUAGGAACCGAUAGUGAUGAUGGUUAUCACCCUUCGGACAUACCGCCACAGAAUAGGAAGCGAAGCGGGACAUCUGGGAGUGGCGAUACGAGCGAUUCAUAUCGGUCUAGGGGAGAUUUGUUCCCCAGCGAUGGCGAGGGAGACUUUGAAGAGGAUGCGGUGGCACUUGGCGACGAAUUUGCGUUCGCGCUAAGCAACGUAGACGAUCAGUCAAGCAGCAAAACGAAAAGCAGCAAGGGAAAGCGCAUAGCUGAACGAAACAUGCCUCGGAGUUGCUCAAGGACGACGAUCAAUUCGACACAGUCGAAGUAUUCAAUACGACCCGGCAGGAGCCCAGGGUCUACACGACAAAGUAACGGUGUGAGGUCAAUGACUUCUCUAGAAGAUUUGCAGCUCGAAGAGGAUCAAAUCCGACAGGAGGAGGACGAAGAAGUAGAGAGAAAGAGACAGGCUGCGGCGCGGCUGGCAGUCGACCGUGAACUGAGACGUGAUGAUAUUGAAGUUGAGUCGGUACUCGAAACGAAAGCGGGGAUGGUCGAAGUUGGAGAUGUGACGGCGACAGAACCAGCCGAGCUGGUAAGUCCAACCGGUGAAGGCCAUGAGGUCAGCAAGACAGCAACGCCGGAAAAGUCAAUGGCAGAAACUUGGGCCGCAGCACUGGAUGCACCCAGCGGUUCCGAUCCGCCAGGCUUUGUUCCCGCUCGAUUACCUUACUUUAGGUGA